UUAUACCUGAAUAAACUUACUUACUUACUUAUGCUUUAACACGGAUUCACAAGGGACCAUUUCUGUCUAAGAAAGUUACCGACCUCCUUCAAUAAAACAAUUAAAAAUCAUAACUGUGGGAUUUUUCAUGUUGGAAAUCUUUGUAACACAAAUGUAUUUUCCUCAAAAAUAAAUAACACAGAUAAUAUUAAUAAAAACAAAGGGUUCACAUGGGCCUCGGGUCGUUAUUACCCUUAACACCAACACCACCAACAAUAAUAACACUGGCGGGAAACUAGUAAAAAUUGUGGCAUGUCAACUGAAUGGCUAUAUUAGCAGGUUUUAUGAAGAAAAAUAUUGUGUGCAAGUGUUAGCAUAUAGCUAUGAAACUACUGAUUCAGACAACAUGCCUGAGGUUGUACUUAAUGGAGUCCCAGUGAGGUUUCCCUUUGAGCCUUAUGAAGUCCAGAAGACUUACAUGUCAAAAGUGAUUGACUGUUUACAGCGUGGUGAGAAUGGAAUCCUUGAGUCACCAACUGGGACAGGCAAAACACUCUGCCUGCUGUGUUCUACCUUGGCUUGGCUGGAGAUCAAGAAGGCUGAAUAUAAAUCUCACAUGCAAAUUUCUAGUGGUCAAGACACUCCGGAUUUUCUUUCAUCACUAAGUUCACAAUUAAAAGCUGCAGCAGGGCAAAUGUGGGGAGAUAAAAAUGCUCCACCAAAAAUAAUUUAUUCAUCUCGGACACAUUCGCAGCUGAGUCAAGCUAUAAGUGAAUUGAAACGAACAUCAUACAGCUAUUUAAGGGUAGCAAUCAUGGGAUCGCGUGAUCAGAUGUGCGUUCACCCAGAAGUCUCUAAGGAAGGUAAUAAUAACCUCAAGGUCCACAUGUGCCAGUCUAAGGUUAAAUCUAAGACCUGCUACUUUAACACUCAGGUUGAAGCAAAAAGAGAUGAGCCCGAGCUACGUCAGAAAGUACUUGAUCUUGAAGACUUGGUCAAGUUUGGCAAGAAGAAAUCUUUCUGCCCAUACUACAUGGCACGAGAACUGAAACAGGAUGCAGACAUCAUCUUCUUGCCUUAUAAUUACUUGCUUGACCCCAAGAGCCGUAAGGCACAUGGCAUUGAGCUUCAGGGUAAUAUUAUCAUAUUUGAUGAAGCCCAUAAUGUGGAAAAAGUUUGUGAAGAAGCUGCAUCUCUUCAAAUACGCUCUACAGAUUUGGCUCUUUGCAUUGAUGAAGUUACUCAGGUAAUGAAGAAGCUUCAGGACAUAAGUGAAGGUUCAGAUAUUGCAGCUAAUGCCUCCAGUCAGGGCUUACCGGACGAUUUCAGUCCAGAUGAUCUUUAUACGUUGAAAGCACUCUUCUUGGAAUUAGAAAAGGCUGUAGAUGAUAUAGUUCUCCCAACAGAUGGCUCUGGAUCUACCUUUCCUGGUAGCUAUAUGUUUGACCUUCUAGAGAAAGCAGAUAUUACACACCAUAAGAAAGCAAUCAUUCUGGAAGUCUUGGAUAAAACUAGUAAGAUAGAUAUACAGUACUUGACAACGAAUAGCGCUUCGCCAUUUCAGCGCAAAGGAGCUGGUCUUCAGAAAUUUUCUGAUUUAAUAAAAAUAGUUUUCAGCAAAGAUGCAUUUACUCUACAACACAUGGAAUUUGUAAAGCAGUGUUACAAGGUUCAUGUCAACAUAGAGGAACCAAAGAAAAAGCCUGGUGGUCGUCAAGAUGGGUGGGGAGCCCCCAGACCUAAUCCUUUAAAUUCCAAGGUUGGACGUCUCAUAUCCUACUGGUGUUUCAACCCAGGGUUUGGAAUGAAAGAUCUGUCAGAGCUUGGAGUUAAGAGUAUCAUAUUGACAAGUGGAACUUUAAGCCCAAUUGAUUCUUUUACAGCUGAACUUCAGGUGCCUUUUCCCAUACAAUUGGAAAAUCCACAUAUUGUUCAGCGACACCAGGUGUGGGUUGGUAUUGUAAGCAACGGACCUGAUGGAUUCAAUUUAAAUUCUUCAUUUAAGAACAGGAGUGAUCCACGAUAUAUAAACUCACUGGGUCAAACUAUCCUCAAUUUCUCAAGAAUUAUCCCCGAUGGAUUGUUGGUAUUUUUCCCCUCAUACCCAAUAAUGAGGUCAUGUAGGGAUGAAUGGCAGAACUCUGGCAUUUGGAGUAAGAUAUCAGUGGGAAAGCCCAUCUUUGUUGAACCUCAGACAAAGGACGAAUUCAAUAGUGCAAUGGAGGAAUUCUACCAAAAAAUCAAUGAUCCCUCACAGAAAGGGGCAUGCUUCUUGGCUGUCUGCCGAGGAAAGUUGCCACAACCAGAAGCCAAGAGUAAUGGUCGACCAGCCAUCAGUGUUGAAUAUGAAACUAAUGAAGCCUUAGCUCUGCCUUCUGUGUCUGCUCAAGCUUUCCAGGCAGGACCCUCCCGACAUUUGAUAUCAGACUCUACGAAGAAGAAGAUGGCUGAGGCACUUAGCAAAGAGGCUGAUUUUAAUAAUAUUUGGUCUAAUAUGAACUAUGCAAAAUCUGGUGAUGCUGAAAAUGUUGUGAAAUGUGAUGGCUCGAUAUUUACAGCUUUGGAACAAAAAUCUUCAGUUGUUAAUUUCAAUUCUUGCAAUAUUUCAUCUGAGAAUUUAUCAAACUAUACUAGUAUAAAGGUUCAAAACAAGAAAAGAAAAAUUAAAAUUGUAUCUAAAAGUGAUUCAACAGAUACAAUAGGUUCUGUUGAAAAGCAGGAUAGUCAGAGUUCUUUAAUACAAGUUCUGAAGGCUUCAGACCAGAAAGAGAAUAGUUCACCAGACAUGUUUGAGUUGGGAUCAUCAAGUACAUCACAAGAAUCAUCAGGUACAUCACAAGAGAAUAAAACAUUUAGUCAGGAGAACUUUUUAAAGCCUCCAACCUCUCUUGGUGUACAAGUAAAUAUUGCAGCAUCAAGCACCAAACCAUUGCUGACAGUGGAGCCCUCAACUUCCAAGAAGGACUGUGAAGAUAAGAAGUUGAACUCAGUUGCUGCAUAUAUACAUGAAGUAAAGUCAUCACUGAGCAAAGAAAAAUAUGCUGAUUUCUCAGCAGCAGUAAAGAAUUAUAAGCAAAGCAGUGAUUAUGAGAGAGUGGUGGACAUUCUAACUUCCCUUUUUAUCGACAAUCCUCAACAUCACCGACUCUUUAGAAAGUUUGAACAGUUCCUGAUUAAAGAUCAUCGACCCAUGUUUCGAGACACUUGUUCGCAAAUGCUGCAGAAACAACUACACUGAGAAGUAGUCAUGAUGUUUAAUAUACUGAAGAUGAAGGCAAAAUAAGGAAUCCUGACAGAGUGAAGUUACUGUAUCUAAAAAUUGUAAAGAAGUUUGAACUGCCUUACUUGCAAGGAACUACUCAUAAACCUUUAAAUAUUAAACUAAAAAACUUGAAUUGAAAUAUAAAUGUAUUAAAGACCAUGUUUUUUGUGAUUAUUAACUCAAAAGUUUUGAAAAAUUACAACAGAAGUUUACAAAUAUUUGAGAAACACUACAAAGUAGCACCAUUUAGAGGUAGUAAAUUCUUGGCUUCUGUCAUUUAACCUUUAUUGUCAUAAUGUGAAUAACUUUUGCACUGAGCUUGUCACAUCAAUUUGUCUUUGACAUUAGGUAGCUAGCCUCUUUCUUUUGCAAGUCCCACUUUUUAUAUGUACAGGUAGCAAGAGACACUUUUUAUAACAGCUUUUAAAUAUUUAAAGAGGCAUUUUUUAGAUAUGCAAAAUAAAUUGUUGCCUUGCAAGUUAUUUU